CUGACGUCAUCACGUAGACGAUUGCGGAAGUAAGUCGCAGCUUAAACCCUGUAACUCAAAAACAGCAGGGAUGUAUCCGUGUUAGGGUCCUGUACCGGUUACUGUUUUGGACUUUGUCAGGUCAGGUCAACUUUUAUCUCACUGCACCUCUGAGACGACUGAGAAUUGACUGAACAGCAGAUCGACGGAGAUGGAGGAGCCUGGUGGGACAGGGGCAGAGUCUGCAGCCCCAUCACCAGCAGGUGCAUCCAAGUCCAAGUUGGAUACACUGCCCAAAGAUGACCUUAUUAAAUUUGCCAAGAAGCAGAUGGCUGCCAUGCAAAAGAUGAAGAACAGAUGUGCAGAUUUGGAAAAAGAAGUUCAGUCCUUGAAACAGCAAGCUGGUAACAGCAGUUCAGACGAGUCUGCACUGAUACAGGAGCUGACCGAACGGAUGGAUGUCUUACUACUGGAAAAAGCAGAGACCCAGCAAAAUCUUUCACUAUGUCGAAAAGACCUAGAGAAGACUAAAGAGCAAGCCAAGGGUGAUCAAGCAUUACUGCAAGGGGAGCUUAAGCACGUGAUCGAGGUCCACCAGGAAAAGAUAAAGACCCUUGAGGUCAGUAUUGAGGUCUCCAACUGCAAACACCAAGAAGAAGUAGCUUAUUUCCAGAAAUUACUGAAGGAGCAGGAAGAGAGUUACAGAGAAAGCGAAAGAGAGAGGGAGCGGCGAGCCGAAAAUGCUGUUGCAAAUGCGAAUGCAGAAGAAGUCCAACGUUGCCUAGAAGCUCAGCUGGAAACUCUACGGGCUGAACUGGUAGCUAUUCAGGAAAGAAAGUCCCAGGAUAUUACUGAGCUGCAGGAGAGCCACCAAAGGGAGCUGACCAAGGCACAGCAGGAGGUAGAGAACCUUAAGGAGGAGCUGGCUCAGAAGAGUCAACAGCACGAGGAGGAAAUGAGAGCUUUGGAGGAGGACUGCGAAAUAGAGAGGGAGCGUCUCCUGUUACUUCACGAUGAGCUCACUGAGCAGCUCGCUCUCAAAGACAGUUACCUGCAGGAUGUGCAGGAAGAAGAUGAGGAAACUACCCGUGGUUCAGGAAUUGCCAAAAUGCUGGAGCUAUCUGGUUUGUCACAGGGUGACUCCAGCCACAGUGAUGGAGUUGAGACGGAGGCCAGAAGAUUGAAAGCGGCUCUGGAUGAUCUUCAAGCCCAGAACACAAUGUUGCAGGAUGAGCUCACACUGAUCAGUAAUGUGAAAGGAGAGCUGGAGGCAGAGCUGGAGAGGACCAAGGAGGAGUUCCAGAUGGAAAGAGAGGAGCUGGAGUUCAAAAUCAAUGAGCUGCAACUGACCAGGGAAAGUGCAGCCAGUCACCCUGCAAUGACCCUGGAUCCCGAGCAACAAGAAAUCCAAGGAGAAUGUAAUCAGUCAGUACUCAGUGUUGCCCAAGGUCAAAGUGAUGCAGAGCAGCAGGAGCUGAAUGAGACCCUGAGGGCACAGUGUGAGACUUUGAUUAGAGAGAGAGAGUCUGCCCUGACUGAGUGUCAACACCUGAGGGACAUACUUCAAGGUUUAGGGACAGAACUGAGUGAGAAGACAAAUGAAUUUGUUCUUCAGUACCAAACCAUGAAGGAGCAGGGGGCUAAAACUGUACGUGAACUUCAAGACAAUGUCGAAGAACUCACCCAGCAGAAAGAAGAACUGCUGGUGAAGGUCAAUGAGGUUACAGAGGAGAAAAACACCCUGAUGGAGGACAUGAAAGAACUGAAGCUGAAGCUUGAGCUUUCAGCUGAUGAGGACCAGAAACUCCAAGCAUCUGUAGAGGAACAAAAAAGUUUAGCUUGUGACCUACAACAGUCUGUGGAGGAAUUAACCAAGCAGAAUGAGGAGAUCCUGUCAAAGCUGCAGAUGAAUGAAAAUAUGACUGAAGACCUCAAAGAGACUGUCAACGUGCUGACUGAGGAGCGAGAUAAACUGCAGUCAUUGCUUCAAGUCCAAAAAGAGCAAAUGGAAAAGAUGAGUGAUGAGAAAGCAAAAGAAUUUGAGACACAUCUGGAGGAGAAGGAGAAAGAGACACUUUUGAUGAGAGAUGAGACAGAGAAGGAGAUGCAGUGCAUGAGAAAAGAGAUGGAGGAUAAAGUGCAAGAUCUAAAAGAGGAAAAGGAGAAUAUGGAAAAGAGUCUGAAAGAGGAGGUGGGGAUGAGACAGACAACAAUUUCUGAUUUAGAAGAGACUGUCAAGGAGCUGUCUACAGAAAAGACUGACCUCCAUCAGAAACUGGAAGAGACAUCCUCAGAGAGGAACACUUUAGCCUCCAAGCUGGCAGAUCUGGAGGCUCAGCUAGUGCAACAGAUGUCUGAAAAGCAUGACCUAGAGUCAAAGCUAAAUUCCUUGACAAUGGAGGCAGAACAGGCCCACGCCUCUAUCAGAGCUCUGGAAGGAAAUCAGUCUGAAGUUAUCAUAAAUGCCACCAAAGAGGCAGAGGAGCUCCGUUUACGUGUAGAGGAGCUGGAAAAGGAGAGAAAUCAUCUGAGAAGCAGCCUUGAAGAGGCUCAGGGAGAAGCAGGAGUAGAGGAGAUGCAGAAGGAGCUUCAGGCCCACAUCACAGACCUGGAGCAGGAGAGGAACAUGCUGAGAAACAAUUUGGAGGAUGUGAUGAAGGACACAGAAGGGCUGCAAAGGGACCUGCAGGAAAUGAAGUUGCUCAACGAGAAGAUUAGCAGCGAGAACAAGAAGCUGCAGGCUCAGAUUUCUCACAUGAUUCAAGAGAAGGAAGAGAAAGACAAUGCAGAGACUGAUGGAGAAAUGGAGAAAGAAAGAGGAAAGGUCAGAGAUCAGCUGAUGGAGAAAGAUGCACUCAUCUCUCAGCUGGAGUGUGAGAUGGCUGCUCUCAAGGAGUCAGUUGCCCAAAGUGCCUCCUCUAAAGAAAAUUCAGCUAACGAGACAACUAAUAAAAUAGCUCUCAUGGAGAAGGAAAGCAAAGAGAAGGAUGAAAGGAUGAACAAAAUAAAGGCAGUGGCUGUCAAAGCAAAGAAAGAGCUGGACGUUAGCAAGAAAGAGGUCAUUACACUCAAAGAGGAAUUAGAAGUGCUGAAAAGUGAAAAAGAGAAAACGAACAGCUCCAUGAAGGAUAUCAUCCAUUGUGCUGAAAGCUACAAGAACCUGCAGAUAGAUUACGACAAGCAAACGGAGCAACUGGAUCAGGAGAGAGAGAAGGUGGAGGCGGCAGAAAGACAGAUUGCUGAGCUGACCAAGCGACUCAGCAGUGCUGUCUCGCAGAAGGACACACUAAGCAGUGAGAAGGAGGACCUCUUGGCCAGUAUGGAGACCAUAAGGAACACGGUCAGGCAGCUGGAAGCCCAAAACCAGGAGCUGCAAAAACAGUCAGCCAGUGUGGAUAGAGACCUGCUAACUGAGAGAGCAAUGAAGGAACAGAAGAUGAAGGACUUGUCAUCUGCCAUGAAGGAGGUGGAAGAGCUGACAGCCCAGCUCCGCAGGCAGCAGCAGCAGUCUCAGCAGACUGCCCAGGAGCUGGAGCAGCUACGCAAGGAGGCGCAGCAGAGCUCCCUGCUCGACAUGGAGAUGGCCGACUACGAGCGUCUGGUCAAAGAGCUCAAUGCCAAACUCUCAGAGAAGGAUGAGUGUGCUGAGGGGUUGACUGCUCAGAUAAAUACGCUUGUGCAGAAGGAGGAAACGCUCAAACAGGAAAUUGAGGCUUUGAAGUCCCAGCAGGAGCAGGGGGAGGAGAAAACUGCCAAGAUGAAACAACUGCUGGUGAAGACCAAAAAGGACUUGGCCGAUGCCAAGAAACAGGAAGGCUCCCUCAUGAUGGUGCAGGCCUCGCUGAAAGGGGAGCUGGAAGCCAACCAGCAACAGCUCGAAAGCUCAAAGAUUGAGAUUUGUGAGCUGACAGCUGAGCGGCAUCGUCUACAAGAGCAGCUGAGGUCUGCAUCAGAACAGCAUCAGAGAACAACCAGUUCGCUGCAGCAACGCAUCAUCAGCCUGCAGCAGGACAGAGACACCACUAAGGCUGAGCUUGAGGCCACGACUGGCGAGUUUGAGAAUUACAAGGUUCGAGUUCACAAUGUGCUCAAACAGCAGAAGAGCAAAACCAAUUCUCAAACUGAGGGAGACUCGGGCAAAAUGGAGAGAGAGCAGUUGUCCUCUCAGGUAGAGCAGCUGAGGACCAGGCUGGCAGAGAACCAGCAGAGCCUCCAGAGCACCACAGUUGAGCUGCAGCAGCUCCAGACUGAACACGACACUCUGCUGGAAAGACACAACAAAAUCCUGCAGGAAACUGUUAGCAAGGAGGCAGAACUCCGGGAGAGGCUGCUGUCACUGCAAUCAGAGAACAUGGCUCUGCGCUCAGACGUGACGCAAGCUCAGGCCGACCUGUCCUCCCAGGUGGAGGCCCAGCGUCAGACCUACAGGGAGCAGCUGCGGAAGCUGCAGGACGACCACCGGGCCACUGUGGAGACCCUGCAGGGCCAGCUGACGCGUGUCGAGGAGCAGCUCUUCAACCUGCAGAGCCAGAACAGUGCAGUUUCGGUCCAGUCCAGCCGUAAGUCACUGGCCUUAGAUCUACAACGCAGAAAUACAGAUCAGACUCUGCCAGGGCUGGGAUUAAUGGCCCUCAGUGACCUCCAGUCUAUGGCCAGAGAGGAGGGUGAAGGUAUGGAGACAUCUGAGAAUGAGAACCUCUCUCCUGCACUUACACCACUGCCCUCUCUGGAGCAGCUUCUCACAUCCCCGGAUCCCAAACAAGAGCCUUUUGUGUGGUCGGUGGAGCCAACCAAAGAAGAGCUCACUCAAAAGCUGACAACCACCGCGCGCAGCAUGGAGCACAUGAACAGUCUGCUGCAUGAAACUGAAGCCACCAAUGCUGUUCUCAUGGAGCAGAUCACUUUGCUGAAGAGUGAAGUUCGUCGUCUUGAGCGAAAUCAUGAGAGGGAGAAGAGUGUGGCCAACCUGGAGUAUCUGAAGAACGUCCUUCUGCAAUUCAUCUUCCUGCGAUCGGGCAGUGAGAGGCAGGCGCUUUUGCCUGUUAUUCACACUAUGCUUCAGCUAAGUCCAGACGAGAAGAGCAAACUGGCUGCUAUAGCACAAGGUGAAGAGGAGGGGUCUGGGGCUCGCGGCUCAGGCUGGACCUCUUAUCUUCACAGCUGGUCUGGAAUCAGAUAGAAUCAAUGACCAACCAAUCCAACAUAUUCUUCAGCUGAGCAUAUAUUGAGUAUCUACUACAGCAUGUUAAUGGGCAUUUUUCUGUGAAAAGCUGUGCAUAUUUAAAAUGGGGCAACUGAUGGGGACUUUACAACCGGUGGGACCAAGGAAUGUACAAGGGAAAAUCAUCAGGUGAAGAUAUUAGGUGAAAGUAAAACCAGAACACAUUACAUUAGAUUCUUUCCAAUGAAUGUUAACUGUAAAAUAUUUUAGUUUUCCUUAUUCUGUUGACAUGCACCUGUAACAUUUGCUGGAAAAUCAAGGUUAUACUUGCUUGAAGUGAAAUUCAUAAUUCAUAAGCUGUCAUAAUGACAAUAUUUAGUGAAAAAAAUAAAUGGUUUUAUUUUCUUCUAUAGUUAGUACAUGACGUUUUGAGGAUAAUAAUCAUGGAAGCUACUUUGAUGGAAUGAUACUACUUGAACAUAACUUUCAUAUUUUACUGUUUUGACUCUUGAAGUGUGCUUUUACCAUGUAGCAGGCUACUGCUUUACAUUUCCUUAAGCUCAUUUUAAAUUCACAACAUACCUUUUUUCACAUUCCUAGUGGCAGUGUGUGCUUCUUAUUCAUUACAACUCGGUAUGUAUCAUUUAAGUUGCUCAGGUAACAUCAACUCUGCUUACCCACUUUGUCUGAAAGAAUAAAACUAUUUUUCAAGUAUGUAAUAAACAAGACAAGAGUCCUGUAAUGCAGAGUCCUUUGGAAAACCGAUAUCAGUGUGAUUUGUGCUAAAACAUAUUAAACAUGCUAGUGUGGCCCAUUUAUGACUUUCCAAUAUGUCUAUAAUUUCAACUGAAGUACACAUUUACUUGUGUUACUAACUUCUCCUUGAUGUUUUCUGCUGUAUAAAAUGUGUAAUGAUUCCUCAGAUUUAGCCAUUCCCUGUAAAACACAUCCACACACUUCUCAUAUGAAUACAUAGUGUUAUUAGUCCAACCAAUGAUUUGCCUGCUUAUUCCUCAUUCAGGUGGCCGCUUUUUUAUUGCUUCAGCAUAGGUGAAUGUACUUUUAUCAAAGCAUUUAUAUUUAUGUAGUGUGACAAUAGUUCACCCUACGAGAGAUCACAGUAACAAAUCUUAUCUUCAAGACUUUGAAUGAGGAAUUACCGUUUGUUCAUGCCUUCACUGUAAAUUCCAGUCAUGUUGAGUGCUGAGAGCUUAUUUUACUUAAAAAUGCAACAUAUGUUUUUCAGAGACUGUUUUGGGUUUUUACUGUUUUAAACUGUAACAAAAAUAAAGUUAAUACGGAUAGGAAUGUUUCUGGUGUUCUGGCUUCUGACCACCCUUAUAUCUAUUUAUUGUCAUUUAUUUUCAUUCAAAACUCGUUAACAGUGUUUGGAAGGGAGACGAGGUGCACAUUACCUUUCAGUUUCAGUGUUUGUGGGACUGAAUAAAUCCAUAUUGAAUUUC